AUGCCUCGCAAGAAGCAAAAGGGUCCCCAGCCUCGAUCCAAUCGACCCGGCCCUCCCAAGCCAGGCCCGUCUGCUCAACCCAAGGCCAAGGGAGCCAAGCAGGAUUCUGCACCUGCAAAAGAUACACAGAAAAAGGGUCCGGUGCAGGCGAAUCAACAACCUAUCGUGCCAUUCCUACGAGGAGAUCGUAUUUUGUUAAUUGGAGAAGGUGACUUCUCCUUUGCUCGCUCCCUAGCAAAGCAAUACAAAUGCCGCAAAUUGCUAGCAACCUGCUACGACUCCCAGCAAACUCUUUUCGAGAAAUAUCCCCAAGCAGAGCAAACCAUUCAAGAUAUUCUGCACUCCAAGCCCAAAUCAAAGAGUACAGAAGAUUCCGAAACCCAGAAAGAGGACAAAAAGGAAUCUCCCGCUCCCAAAGUCCUCUUCUCAAUCGAUGCCCGCAAACUCGGUUCCCAAGGCGGCGGCGGUAAAGAGGUAACAAUUGGCUAUCCUCGUCGAGAGCGCAAGAUCCCACCAUGGAAAGCCCAGACUCAGGCUCAGACUCCCGCACGCCCGCCGAAGCCUAGCGGACCGUGGGACGUGAUUUGUUUCAAUUUUCCGCAUGUGGGUGGCAUUUCGACAGAUGUAAACCGCCAGGUUAGGUUUAAUCAAGAGCUUUUGGUGGCGUUUUUCAAGGCUUGUGGGCCUUUACUUUCUAGUGCCCCGGCGCCGGUUGAUGAAGAUGAUGAGGAUUAUGAGCGGGAUGAGGAGGAUGAGGAGGAGGAGGAGGAGGAAGAGGAGGAAGAGGAGGAAGAGGAAGAGGGGGAUGCACAGACUUCCGGGAAGGCUACGAGGACUGGACCGGGUCAGAUCCUUGUUUCUCUUUUCGAGGCGGAGCCGUAUACGCUUUGGAAUAUCAAGGAUUUAGCUCGGCAUGCGGGGUUGCAGGUGGUUACUAGUUUCAAAUUCCCAUGGAGUUCCUACAAGGGGUAUUCGCAUGCGCGGACUCUUGGAGAGGUGGAGGGGAAGAACGGGGGAAGAGGUGGAUGGCGUGGUGAGGAUCGUGAAGCGAGGAUGUAUGUGUUUGAGGCGAAGAAGGAGGCUCCGCGGAGGGGGAAGAAGAAGCGGGCGAGAGAUGCGGAGAGUGAUAGCGAGUAG